GUCAAGGGUCACAGCUGCCGUCAUUGAAUGGCUGUGUCCUCAAGGUCAUAUCGUGUGGCGGUGGUCUUCCCAACCAACUUUAAAAUUUGGCAGUCAGUUAGGAGACUUUCUAAUGGCCACCAACAUUUUGCUCACAGGCAACAACUACACAAAGGUGAAAAUGCUUUUCAACUUCAUGAAUAUGGGGAUGAUCAAUGAGAGAUACUUUGCUGGCAUCCAAGACAACUACUGUGUGGACACAAUAAAGGCGUUCUGGAAUGCGAGAAGAGCCAAAGUGAUUGCCAAUGUGAAGACAUUAGGACCAACUGUUGCUCUCGGAGAUGGAAGGAUGGCAGUCCAGGAUUCUGCGCCCAGUACUGUACGUACACUGCCAUGGACAAUGCCACAAGACAAAUAAUCAACGUGGUGAAUGUGGACAAGCGUGAGACUUCGCGGAAAUCGACCAACAUGGAGAAGGUGGCCUUUAUAGAGACAUUAGACACGCUGAAGCAAGAUCUUGAUGUCAUUGAGUUCUGCACUGAUGCACACAGCCAAAUAUCGGCCCUAUUCAACAAAAACAAAGGGCUGUACAAGGACAGUGGCGUCAAGCACACGCUGGACAUGUGGCACGGAGCCAAGAAUCUUGGCAAAAAAAUCCAUGCUGCCGGCCUCCAAAAAGGCUGUUCACUAUUACUUGUCUGGAUGAAGGAUAUCUGCAACCACUUUUGGUACUGCUGCAAGGCAGCAAAUACAGUGGAGGAUUUCUGGGACAUGUGGACAGGAUUGCUGCACCAUGUCACUGGAGAACACCAGUGGGGAUUUGGCGGCUGUUACCAUGGCCCAUUGGAGGAAAAUAGCAACAAGGAGCUUAUUCCAAAGGGAAGCACUGCACACCGCAAAAUCACAGAACUGAUCAUGGAUGAGAGGUGGUCAAAGACGAUUCCAAAGUACUUGACCUUUAGAUCCACUGGUGCCCUGGAGUGUUUCCAUGCACACCUUCUGAUGUACGCAUCAAAACGAAUCGCCUUCGUACCACCUGUGUAUGCGGCCCGAACACUUUUAGCUGCCCUCGACUACAAUGAACACUGCAGCCGACCCUACUAUGUGAAGGCAGAUGGCAAAUACAGCUACCACAAAAUGUACAACAAAAAAAGCGGUGGCUUCUGUCUGUACAUAAAGAAGGUCAAGAAGAGUUAUGAGUACAUAAAAGACCUCCAGUGUGCCAUCCUACGCUGCAAGUUGGACCAGUUGGCGGCAGGGAGGGGCAUGCCUCGGAAAAGAGCGAUGAGACCAGAUGACCCCCGACGACUUGGGACUCUCAGUGGUGUCCCUGCACCAUCAACGGAACAAAUUUUGGAGACUCAACGCAGCAGAGGUCGUGGUGAACCACUCCCGCAAAAGUAGAAGACGAUCUGCACCAACCAGGGCUUGUCCUGGCAUCAAACCUGCCGUCUUGUCUGAAAGGACAACCAGAGAACUCCGGAUCUAAAGCAAUAUUUUCAAAAUGUAGCCUUAUGUCAUUGGUUUCCAUAAUGUAAGAUGUGUGUUUUUGGGAUCACUGAAUUCCCUCAGUAAGAUUUUAAAACAUUAAAACUUUUUUUCAUAAAAUCAAA